CUCAACCAACCAGCGACGACCAAACCAACCAACAUAGUACUCGCGAAUAGCAGCAACUACUUUGCCAGAACCCUCUCUGAUUUUUGGGGAAGUAUCCUCCUUCUAUUACCGAGGUUUCCACUGUCGCAACCAGAAAACUAGAGAUAAGGGCAAUCCCCACAGUCAUGGGCCGCACCGAAAAAUCUCAGGGUCUUGCGCCACCCGCCGUGCGCAAGGACAUUCGAGCCAAACAAGCGCGGCACGUGGUGAAAAAGGUUGUUCCCGCGAUAUUGGCAUCAAAUGCAAGAGCUAGGCGAGGUGUGGACGGGAGUGAGCUUAUUCCGAACCCCGGACCAAACGGCACAGCAGGGCAGGAUAGUAAGAGUACGGAUGGUGCACGUGCUGAGGGUGACGAAGAGAAGGGGUAUGUGAAGAGGAAGGGUCAAGGAAGGCGGAAGAUCAAAGGUGGGAUGGAUGAUGUUGAAGAGGAAGAGGCAAUGAACGGUGAUGCAGGAAGAGAUGCUGGUAAAGGAAGAGGAAAGGGAAGAGGCAAGAAACGCAAUGGUUCUCUCGAAGAAGGAUUAUCAAACCUCAACUUGAAGAGUAGUGCAACAACACCAUCCAGUCCGUUUAGGAAACCGCGAAGUAUACGUAUGAUGACGACGGAUGCCCUCACAGCUGCACAUAUGCUUGCCCGCCCCUCAUUAUACGAUGCCACCGCGGCCAAUACACCAAGGCAGACGUCGAAGAAACAGCCGAACCCAUGUAUCUUGAACAUGGCCUCUCCUCUCCGUCCAGGUGGCGGUCUCCUAACUGGUGCUACUUCUGCCGAAGAAUCCCUCUGCGCACGCACGACCCUCCUCCCCUCACUUAAAGAAUCCUUCUAUCGUCUCCCGGAAUACGGCGGCAUAUACACACACGAUGUACUGGUUUUUCGCUCUGCCCUUCCGCUCGGGAAUAGCGCCGGCGAGCUGUCCCCCACUGAGCGCUGGUACGUCGAUGUUAUCAGUGCGGGGAUGUUGCGGUUUCCUGAACUAGAAGGGGAAGAAGAGGAGGAGGAGAAGAGGCUGAGCAAGAAAGACAGAGAGAUUGUAGAGAGCAAGAUUAGGGGUGUGUUGAGGAUAGCGGAACAAAAGGGUGUGAAGAGGUUAGUACUAGGGGCGUGGGGCGUUGGGGCUUAUGGGAAUCCAAUUAGGGAUGUUGCGGAGGCUUUUGUGAAGGUGUUGGGUGGUCGUAGCUCUCAUCCUUCGUCUGGAAGCAAGAAGAACAGCAAGUCACCGUCGACUGGUUUUGAGACAUUUCCGUCAAUCGAAAACAUCAUCUUUGCUAUUCCUAACCGCAAAGUCGCCAAUGAUUUCGCAGCUGCAUUCGGAGGCAAGAUCGAAGUCGAAGAAGGCCCUGGAGCUUGUGCCGACGGAGGCGACGAAGAAGACGACGAGGAAGACAAGGUAACGGAAGAAUUGAGGAGCAAGAUCCAAGAGAUGGAGGGUCAAAUAAGUCAGGUUUGGAAUCCAGAUUUGAAACUAAGGCUGGGCGCUAUUCUGGAGGGUCUGAGGACGCAGUUGAAAGAGAGGGAAGGGACGCCUCAGACGGGUAGUGUGGAUGAUGAGGACGAAGAGGAUGAUGAAGACGAGAACAGUGACCAAGACAGCGAUGAGGAUGAAGAAGACAUUGAAUGCAGCGACGAGGCAGAUGCAGAUGAGGACGAUCAAGACCUUGUUGAGCAUCAACGUACGAGAUCCAGCAAGACGAGAGAUAUGAUGGAUGAUGGCGAUGGCGAUAGCAAUGGUUAGUUAGACUCGUACGAAGCAGAGUUCUCAUCACUAGAGACGAUCGUCAAGA